AUGGGGUCAACGAUCAAACCACUCCACACCAGACAAUCCUCCCGCCUCCGACAACUAGCCAUAAUCUGCGUCCUCCUCCUAGCAAUUUACUGCUUCCUCCUCGUCCCCAACCACAGCCUCGAUUCCUCCCGCACCAUCCUCGAUUCCUCCUACUCCUAUCCCAGCAGUCCGCACAUACAUCAAUCGCCAUCCCUAGAGGUUCUCAACAACCUCUUCCUCACGCACUCCCAAUGCACCACCACCUUCCCAGGCCUAACCAGCGAAAUCGACACCGUCGUCUCCAAAGGCCCCUUCACUCUCUCCCCCAGCGGCCCCCUAGGUCCCCUCGUAGCCCGCAUCCACAACGGCAAGCUCUCUAUCCUGCAAUGGGUGCGUAAAUCCGACUUGUCAGCAGACAUGCUGGCGCACCGCAGCGCAACACUGCACCAAAUCGCCGCCGCGCUACUCACAUCUCCCAACCCGGACGAAAUCCCUGAUACCAUCUUCGCCUUCAACCACCACGACGACCCUCUAUCCCCGUCCUUCUCAUACUCCCGUCCCGCGGACACCGCGCUCAACAAGCCCUCCUCCCACAUCUUCCCUGUCCCGCACUUCAGCUUCUACUCCUGGCCCCUGCCCUUCAUCGGUUCCUUCCCGCGCGCCGCCAGCGCCAUCACUUCUCUCGAAUCCACGUUCUCAUCCCCAAAAGGUAGCUGGUCAAGCAAAAUCCCCAAAGCCAUCUGGCGUGGCACGACCCGCUUCAACAACGCGCGCGCCGGCCGCGUCCGGCAGACCUUGCUCCUCACUUCGUCCUCCAAACCCUGGGCCGACAUCGAAGCUCUAAAGUGGGUCACCAAUGGACACAACGCGUCCAACGCGCUGGCCAUCGAGGAUUUCUGUCGGUACAAGUACAUCAUCCAAACCGAAGGGAUCACGUACAGCGGACGUUUCCAGUUUCACCAACUCUGUGCGAGCGUAGUUAUAACCCCGCCCCUGGCCUGGAUGCAGCACACGACCCACCUCGUGCGUCCCGUCUUCAGCAGUAGCGGCUUUGACGGAGGCAACCCGAGGUUGGCGCCGUACCCGGCCCCCUGGGUAAAGGAGGCGUGGCCACGGGAGUAUCGGGCUGAGGAGGCGAAUAUCGUGUUCGUGGCGCCGGAUUGGAGCGAUUUGGAGGCAACGAUUGAGUGGUUGGAAAAGCAUCCCCAGGUCGCUGAGGGCAUUGCGAGACGACAGCGGGAGAUGUUUCAUGAGGCGGGAUAUCUUAGUCCGGCCGCGGAGAUGUGUUACUGGAGGGCUGCGAUUCGGGGAUGGAGCAAGGUGGCUAGGUACGAAGGGCAGGGAUUUGAGGAUGUGGAGGGUAUGCCGUGGGAAGAAUUCAGCUUGACGGAGGUGCACAAAUGA